GACAACGUUCCCAUUGAGCCUCACCAUGUCUACUGGUCUCCAGAAAGGAUCCCGUCUGAUGGAAAAUAGAUCUCCUCCAUCUUCAUUUUCCAUCGAACAUAUUUUAGGAUUAGACAAGAAGAUGGAUGUGGCUUCAUCACCCAUUAUAAAGCACCACCGGCCGUGGAUUGAGUGCAGCAGCAAGGUUGACGGCACCUUUUGGCAAAUCCCAUUGAUCUAUGACCUUCCCGUACAAGUUGACGCCAUGCGCCGAUCCGCAGAAGAGGAGACAAAGAUCCGACUGGAUCCCGGCGAAGAGGAAAGACUGACCUACAAGAGAGAACAGAGUUGGUAUCGGGGGCGAAGACCCCGAACUGCUUUCACUAGAGGCCAGAUUGAAAUAUUGGAGAACGUGUUCAGAGUGAAUUCCUAUCCAGGCAUUGACGUCAGAGAAGAGCUGGCCAGCAAAUUAGCUCUGGAUGAAGAUAGGAUCCAGAUCUGGUUUCAAAAUCGCCGUGCAAAACUCAAAAGGUCUCACCGGGAAUCCCAGUUCCUGAUUGUUAAAGACUCACUAUCAUCAAAGAUAGAAGAAUGAGGAUCUCCAUUAGUCCAGAGAAGCUUUGGGAAUAUGUAAUGUGACCGGUCGCUAUUUGGCAGCUGCACUCGUGAUAGAGACUUGGGCCUCUGCAGUGUUCUCUCUCUAUUUUAUUCUGUGUAUUUGUCCAAGAGAUGUAAAUAUUUUCUCCUGUAACAUAACUGUGGAACAAUGAUGCACUUUAUGUAAAUAGCCUGUUUUUAUCAACUGUAAUAAAUAUUUUGAAUUA